GGUUCGGUCACUCACUCACUUUACUCCUCUAUCCAAAGCUUUAAAAAAAAGGGGAAAAGAUCAUCUCCAGCUCCAGCUCCAGCUCCAGCGAGCUUCGUCUUUGGUGCAGGGGAGUGGCGGCGAUGCAGAGCUUUUAGAGAGAGAAAGGGGGUCGUCCUCGGCGGAGCUUUUGGCGUGCAUGUCUUGAUCUGGGGAUCUCUUUCCGCCUUUUCCCUCUCCCAGUCUCUCCGGUGGAAGGAAGCACGUCUUCUGUUUUGAUAUUUCCACUUGAACAAAGAAAGGAUGAAUACUGGAGAAGAGACGCAUUGGUGCCAUCAGUGCACCCGGCCAAUUGGGCUUCAAGGCGGAGAAGUAAUUUGCCCUUACUGUGAUGGAGGCUUUGUGCAAGAACUUCAGGAGGUACAGGCUCUGGCAUCAGCAGAUGUUUCAGCGCCGUACCCAAUGGAUCUCUCUCCUCAAGUGAAUCCAGUAUUUGAUGCUUUCUUUGCUAUGAUAGGCGAUAAUGUUCUCGACCGCAGAAGCAGAAUUCUUCGCUUUGUUGAUUUGGUAACGAGGGAUCCUAGUUUUGAUGUCAGAGGACGUCCAGCAGGUCGAAGACCAAGGUUAGAUGAGUCGGAUGACUACUCCAUGAGCCCGGGACUUGACCAAUUGAUGGAACAGCUCUCUGUUGAUGGAAGAAGGGGUCCACUUGACCAAUUGAUGGAACAGCUCUCUGUUGAUGGAAGAAGGGGUCCACCCCCGGGACUUGAUCAAUUGAUUGAACAGCUCUAUGUUGAUGGAAGAAGGGGUCCACCCCCGGCACCUCAAUCGGCAAUCGCUGCAUUGCCGACCAUCAAGAUCACUUGGACACAUCUUCGGGAUGAUUCGGAGUGUCCUGUCUGCAAGGAGGAAUUCGAGCUGCAAGCUGAAGCAAAGAUGAUGCCUUGCCACCACUUCUAUCACCCUGAUUGCAUUGUGCCUUGGUUGGAACAGCACAAUUCCUGUCCUGUUUGCCGCUUCGAGAUGCCUCCGCUGGGUACAGGUUCUGUUCGGGGGGGUCAAAGUUGGAGUGACCAGAGUAGAAGCAGCAGCAGCAGCACUCUAAGGAGUGGUGACCGUGGCAGGGACGGUGGGAGGCAAAAUCAGUGGAGGGGUCGUCUAUUCCCACGGCCUUCUGAUUCAUCAAAUUCUAAUACCCAGCAGUACACUGAAACAAGAGGAAGCAACUCGAGAACCAUUCAUGAACAAAAUCAUGAGAUGAAUUACUCCGGAUGGCCAUUUGAUUACUGAAUCCCGCCAUACUUGGGAUAGUGAUAAGAGUUCCUGAAUAAUCAUCGGUUGGUCUAAAUACUUCAUGAUCACUACUUGUUUGCUGUGGGACCGUAGUGAAAGUUGUCUCCGAAACUAUCUCUGUUGAAACUGUCACUGUUUCUGAAGUGGAUAUGGUCUUUGAAGCCGCGGCUUGAUUGAGUAUCAGUUCCCAUAUCA